AUGAGAUACCAAAAUCAUCACCUGCUUGCUGCUUUGCUCAGCUACGGUUCGCUGACCAAGGCAGAUACUACCACAACCAUCAAUACGAAAACCAAUUGGGGAACCUGGGAAGGAUGGGGCACAUCGCUUGCUUGGUGGGCAGCGGCCUUUGGAACACGCGACGACCUCGCCAACAUAUUCUUUACCACUAAUUCGGUGACGUACAAUGGUGCAAGUAUUCCGGGACUUGGCUUCAAUAUUGUUCGCUACAAUGCUGGCGCCUGCAGCUGGAAUAGCGUCAAUGGCGAAACAAUGGUAGAGUCGCCCAAGAUGAUAGCCUCGAGGCAGAUCGAAGGAUACUGGAUCAACUGGGACAAUACGGAUCCCUCGUCAUCCAGCUGGGACUGGUCUGUGGAUGCGAACCAAAGGACAAUGAUGCAGAAGGCUGCUUCCAGGGGCGCGGACACUUUCGAGCUCUUCAGUAACAGCCCUAUGUGGUGGAUGCUGUAUAAUCACAACCCUGCCGGUUCCGACAGCGGGUCGAGCGACAACCUGCAGAGUUGGAACUACGACCAGUUCGCCAUCUACCUUGCCAACGUUGCCCAGCAUGCCAAAGCCAACUGGGGCAUUACUUUCAACUCGGUAGACCCCUUCAACGAGCCCAUGGCAAACUGGUGGAACGGCAACUCGGGCACUCAAGAGGGCUGCCACUUUGACGUCAAAACUCAAGCGACAGUGCUGGGCACCAUGCGCACUCAGCUCAACUCGCGCGGCCUUUCGUCAACCAUCAUCUCCGCCUCCGACGAGAACUCAUACGAUGUAGCCGUCUCGACCUGGAACUCGCUCAAGAGCGCCGGCGCCACCGGCAACGUGGGCCGCAUCAAUGUGCACGGGUACCAACAAGCCAGCGGGCGCCGCGACACACUCUACUCGCUUGCGCAGAGCUCGGGAAAGAAGCUCUGGAACAGCGAGUAUGGCGAGAGCGAUGCGACCGGGUCCUCCCUCGCGAGCAAUCUCAUCCUCGAUUUCCGCUGGCUGCACCCCACGGCCUGGGUGUACUGGCAGGUGAUUGACGGAGGCGGCUGGGGCCUCAUCGACGGCAGCAACGAUGCGCGCACGCUCGGUGCCGUGAGCCAGAAGUACUACGUCCUGGCGCAGUUCACGCGGCACAUCAGGAAGGGCAUGACGAUUCUGGAUGGUGGGAGCGACAAUACUGUCGCCGCGUACGAUGCCGCCAACAAGAAGCUCAUCAUCGUCGCUGUUAACUGGGGCAGCGCACAAUACUUGAACUUUGACCUGUCCAGUUUCACCACGCCGGGUACCAACGGUGCGCUUGUGACGAGAUGGAGCACGAUGAUCGGAAGUGGUGAGCGGUAUGUCAAGUAUAGUGACACGUAUCUCAGUGGGACAAAGUUCUGGUCGAAUUUUGCUACGAACCAGAUCCAGACAUUUGAGGUCAGCGGCGUUACCUUGUAA